CAGCACAGAAGGUGGCAGUAAUGCACCUGAAAAGCUGGUACCAACCGCCAUUUAACAGAAAGAAGAUGAAGAAGGAGGAGGAGAACGAAUGAACGAACCGGGACGGAACAUGUAACUGUUGAAGAAAGUUCCAGUCGGAGGGACUUAUUUUGACAUUUUAAUGGGAGGCGGCUUCCCUUGGAAGAGUGGACACCGUGGGCGGCAGUUUGGAAGAAAGAGAAGGUCCUGGCUACCUGUCGGGCUCAGAUGGAAUCUCUGGCCGGCUACGUGUACAAGGCAGCAAGUGAGGGACGAGUCCUGACGCUGGCCGCGCUGCUCCUCAAUCACUCCGAGGCGGAGACUCGGUUUCUGCUGAACUAUGUGACCCACCUCGCCGGGCAGAGGUCCACUCCCUUGAUCAUCGCAGCGCGGAACGGACACGACAAAGUGGUCCGUCUGCUCCUGGACCACUACAAAGUGGACACCGAGCAGACUGGCACUGUUCGGUUUGACGGGUAUGUCAUCGAUGGGGCUACAGCUUUGUGGUGUGCAGCAGGAGCAGGACACUUUGAGGUAGUGCGUAUGCUGGUGAGCCAUCAUGCUAACGUUAACCACACCACCAUCACCAACUCCACUCCCUUACGGGCAGCUUGCUUCGAUGGACGUCUGGACAUUGUUCGCUACCUGGUUGAACACAAUGCAGACAUCAGCAUCACUAACAAAUUCAACAACACUUGCCUGAUGAUUGCUGCUUAUAAAGGCCACGUUGAUGUAGUGAAGUUCCUGUUAGAGAAGGGGGCAGACCCCAAUGCCAAGGCUCACUGUGGAGCUACUGCCUUGCACUUUGCUGCUGAAGCAGGUCAUUUAGAAAUUGUAAAAGAGUUGAUGGGAUGCCAGGCAUCCAUGGUGGUGAAUGGGCAUGGCAUGACCCCACUGAAAGUUGCUGCAGAGAGCUGUAAAGCAGAUGUGGUGGAGCUGCUUUUGGCACACGCCGACUGUGAUCCUUACAGCCGCAUUGAAGCUCUGGAGCUUCUGGGUGCAUCUUUUGCCAAUGACCGAGAAAAUUAUGACUUACAGAAGACAUACCACUACCUACAUAUGGCUAUGAUGGAGCGCUACCGUGACCCGGAUAACAUCAUUGUCAAAGAGUUGCUUCCACCUGUCGAAGCUUACGGGGGUCGUAGUGAGUGUCAAACACUCAAAGACUUGGAGGCCAUCCGUGUGGACCGGGAUGCUCUGCAUAUGGAGGGGCUUAUGAUUCGAGAGCGUGUCUUGGGCUCUGACAAUAUUGAUGUGUCGCAUCCCAUCAUCUAUCGGGGCGCUGUCUAUGCUGAUAACAUGGAAUUUGAACAGUGUAUUAAACUUUGGCUUCAUGCGCUUCGCUUGCGGCAGAAAGGAAACCGUAACACACACAAAGACCUGCUGCGCUUCGCCCAGGUGUUCUCCCAGAUGGUCCACCUGAAGGAACGUGUGUCUGCUUCUGCUGUGGAGAAGGUGUUGAGCUGCAGUGUGCUUGAGAUACAGCGCAGCAUGGCUCGGGUGGAUGCGGCAGCUGAAACUGAGCUGCCACAGACUAUGGACAACUAUGAGUCGAAUGUUUUUACCUUUCUGUACCUGGCCUGCAUCUCCACCAAGACCACCUGCAGCGAUGAGGAACGUGCAAAUAUCAACAAGCAUAUUUACAACCUGAUCCAGCUGGACCCACGGUCACGUGAGGGUUCUUCGUUGCUCCACCUGGCCAUCAGCUCCACUACGCCAGUAGACGACUUCCACACUAACGAUGUCUGUAGCUUCCCCAAUGCACAGGUUACUAAGUUGCUGCUGGAGUGUGGCGCACAGGUCAAUGCAGUCGACCAUGAAGGCAACACCCCACUUCACGUAAUUGUCCAGUACAACCGACCAAUUAGUGACUUCCUCACGCUGCACGCCAUCAUCAUCAACCUGGUAGAAGCCGGUGCUCACACAGACAUGACCAACAAGCAAAAGAAGACACCACUGGACAAGAGCACCACAGGUGUGUCAGAGAUCCUGCUGAAGACGCAGAUGAAAAUGAGCCUCAAGUGCCUGGCAGCACGUGCAAUCAGGCAACACCAAAUCACCUAUCGCAACCAGAUCCCCAAAACUCUGGAGGAAUUUGUGGAGUUCCACUGAAGCUAAACCCAGACCCAGAACAGGCGCGUUGUUUUUUUUAAAGAGAGUUUCUUAGACAUUUCUAACUAAUCCCAUGGUGCUGAGAGUGAUGAUUCAGUACUAAACGUUUUUGGAGCAUUUUUAUAAAUGAUAUUUUUUUGUUUUUAUUUUAAGUUAAGUAUAUAUAUUCAUUGCAAAGUAACAGAUGCCCUUGAGGGCAGUCCGUCUGUAUCUUCAUGACUGUUUACUAUGACAGCAGUGACACCAACAUGCUGCUUCUCGUUUUGCCUUAUCUUCAUGCCAGGGAGCCGUCAUGUAUGCCAUGCUACUGUGAUUCAACAGUCUGAGAGAAUGAGAGUGUGCAAAAGGAGAGACUUGCAGAGUGCCUGUACAAGCCACUAGACAACCACACUCAUUUGGAUGCCCAUAAAUCAGCCAUCUGUCAUAUGUUAUAUUUUUAUUUUAUUUUUUAUUUGUUUUUUUUGUUUUUUUUUUACAGUUUUUAUGGAAAGCAAGGCUGUGGACUUUUCAGCAGAAAUCUGGUCUUUAUGUCUUUAUGUAGAAAUGACCUUUUAUGAUUUUUAUCAGCUGAUCCUAUGUCAGUUAACUCUUGGGUUCUCUGUUUUGGUGAUGUUUAGUUGGAUGAUUUGUUUAAUACAAAAAGAAAAAAUCUCCAAAUUUCAAGCUGAGAAAACUCCCAGAAUAAGAAAUACUUGAGGAUAUUGGACACAUCGUUCAAAUUGGAGAUGGAAAUUUUCAGACUAAUACAUGAUGCUGGCAAGUAUUGGUUUGAGCUGCUCCUGCAGUCUAUAAAUUGAGCAAGUUCCUGUUAAGUGUUUUGAUGUAGAACAAAAAACUGCUUUGGAAUUACAUUUCCAGAUUGAUAUGAUUGGCUGGAAUCAGUUAGCUUGGCUUAGCAUAAAGACUAGGAAUGUAGACGUACUGGCUCAGCUCUGACACAGAUUAAAGGAAUAGGGUGCGUUGUUUUAAUAAGCUUGAGCUGUUACCAGCUUGUGAGUAGCAGGGGUUUGCUGCUACAUUUGGGUCUGCUAAUCUAAACCAAUCACCUGAAUGCCACAGCUUUCAUAUUAAUUUAAUGGAGAAGAUGAAUUAAUUAAAUGUGAAACUGUUCCUUUAAGUUUUUAAGUCCUGUCAAACCUGUCAAACAAGAAAGUUAAAACAAUAUAUUGAACUAUUUUCAUCAUCCAGUCCUCUGUCAUUCAGUGUUUGUCCUUUUUAGUUGACAGACCAGCACUAUAGUUAUUUUAUUUAAAAAAAAAAAAAAAAAAACUGAGAAAGCCAGCAAAUCAUGUUUUCAUAGAUAAAGUCUCAUGUUGUAUCAGAAUGGUUAAUAUACUUUAAUGACUCAUCUAUCUUUUCAGCAUUGAUUUUGAGUUUCCAGAAUGUGACAAUUUUCCGAUUUUCUCAGUUUUCCGGUUGUAUAUUUCAUAUUUUUGUCAACUGUUAAUUUAAAGAAGUUACAUUGAACAUUUGGAAACACUAAUAUGCAUUUUUCACAUUUUAUUUUGACUUUGAAGUCUGAAAAAUAAAUUUAGUAGCAGCCCUCGUGUGAACAGCAUGAUGUUAACAGCUGGAUUUUUUUUUUUUUAAUAUAUAUAUAUAAAACUAGGUGAUGAUGCUAAAGGUUGUGUCAGAGCACUUCUACUCCUAUUCUUAUUCAAGUCAUAUCGUCAGAAAUGAACAUGUGGAACAGUUUGUGUUGCCAUUUUACAGUGUUGCUAAGCAAGAUGGUAUCUUGAAAACAGUGUCAAGACAAAUACCUCAUUUGCAUGUCCUUUGACACGCAGAUAGAGCAUUUCUUCUUAAUAACUGUCUCUCCACAAUCUGGCAGCAUAAAUGGUUUUUAUUGACUAUAUGAUGGGGCAUUACAGGUGAAUCUCUUCCUGGGUGGUUUAAGGUUUCUAGUAAUAAUGUGCCAUUCAGAUUGCUAAUUUUAUUUUUUAACUUACCCAUUUUAAUGAGAUACUGCGGGAGCGUUAAAGUCCUCAUGCAGACCUAGGAGAUUUGUGAUUUAAACCAGGUUUCUGUGGCCGAAAUGAAGCCAAAGAUUCUCCAUGUGGCGGGAAACUGUAAAAGAUGUCAGCUGUUGUGUACUUGGUGCAGAAUAAAUGCUGUCAAAUUGAAA